AGCAGCCCUUUUUGCUGCGCCAACACGGUGGCCGGAAGCUCCGCUCGUCUCUGGCCUGAUCCAGCCUGAAGAUGACCCCACUGGCCGCGUUGGCGUCUGGCCCUCGAGCCCAGCUCUUUGCCUGCUCCCUCAGGCUGGGCACUCAGCAGACUAGCCUCCUUCAGCUGCACACAAGGUCCAGCCUUGCCGCCAAGAACCACUAUGAAGUGCUGGUGCUGGGUGGGGGCAGCGGUGGGAUCAGUAUGGCCGCCCGCAUGAAGAGGAGAGUGGGUGCGGAGAAUGUCGCCAUUGUUGAGCCCAGUGAGAGGCAUUUCUACCAGCCAAUCUGGACACUGGUGGGCGCUGGAGCCAAGCAGCUAUCCGCAUCGGGCCGUCCCACCGCAAGUGUGAUACCCUCUGGCGUAGAAUGGAUCAAAGCUCGAGUGGUUGAGCUGAACCCAGACAAGAACUGUGUCCACACAGACAGUGGCAAGGAGAUUUCCUACAAAUACCUUAUUAUUGCUCUCGGGAUUCAGCUGGACUAUGAGAAGAUCAAAGGCUUACCUGAAGGUUUUGACCAUCCCAAAAUAGGGUCCAAUUAUUCAGUGAAGACGGUGGAGAAGACGUGGAAAGCUCUGCAGGACUUCAAGGAGGGCAAUGCCAUCUUUACCUUCCCAAAUACCCCUGUAAAAUGUGCUGGAGCACCUCAGAAGAUCAUGUAUUUGUCAGAAGCCUAUUUCCGGAAGACAGGGAAGCGAUCCAAGGCCAAUAUCAUUUUCAACACUUCUCUUGGAACCAUUUUUGGGGUUAAGAAGUACGCAGCUGCCCUGCAGGAGAUCAUCCAGGAGAGGAACCUCACCGUUAACUACAAGCAAAACCUCAUCGAAGUCCGAGCUGAUAGACAGGAGGCUGUUUUUGAGAAUCUGGACAAACCUGGAGAGACCCAAGUGAUCUCAUAUGAAAUGCUUCAUGUAACACCACCCAUGAGUUCACCAGAUGUCCUCAAGACGAGUCCUGUGGCGGAUGCUGCCGGCUGGGUAGACGUCGAUAAAGAAACUCUUCAACACAAGAAAUACCCCAAUGUCUUCGGCAUCGGGGACUGCACCAACCUUCCCACGUCAAAGACUGCAGCCGCAGUGGCUGCCCAGUCAGGAAUACUUGACAGAACAAUUUCUCUGAUUAUGAAGAAUCAAAAACCAAUGAAAAAGUACGAUGGCUACACCUCGUGUCCACUGGUGACUGGCUACAACCGUGUGAUUCUUGCGGAGUUCGACUACAAUGCUCAGCCGCUGGAAACCUUCCCCUUUGACCAGAGCAGAGAGCGACUUACCAUGUACCUCAUGAAGGCCGACCUGAUGCCUUUCCUGUAUUGGAAUUUGAUGCUGAGGGGUUACUGGGGAGGACCAGCUUUUCUGAGGAAGGUGUUCCAUCUGGGUAUGAGUUAAGGAUGGCUCAACCCUCGCUCUCCUUGGAUGGCUUCUGAACCCAAAUCACAGUCGCUGAUUGACCAAGAGCAGCAGGAAGAACUUAAAACCUAACCCUGUGCAAAGACUUAAUUGCUGGAUCAUGGUGACCAAAUGCCUCCCUUUUUAGUGCCUCUGAAUAGCCACCAUGUGGUCUGCCCUAGAUGAGUUUGAUGCUUUGGAAAUAUUCAGAUGAGAGGAUAGAUUUCUAUUUUUUAAAUAAAAGCUUGCCAUUGAUUGAGAUUCCGUGAAACAGU